UUUGUUUUCAAAUACUCAAAUUAUACACUUUUUAUUAAUAUAAUGGAAAGGUAUGAAAUUUUGAAAGAUAUUGGUUCUGGUAAUUUUGGUGUAGCAAAGUUAGUCAAAGAUAAGUUGACAAAUGAGCUUUAUGCUGUCAAGUAUAUUGAGAGAGGCAAAAAGAUUGAUGAGCAUGUUCAGAGAGAAAUCAUAAAUCAUAGGUCCUUGAAGCAUCCCAAUAUCAUUAGAUUCAAGGAGGUAUUUCUUACCCCAACUCAUCUAGCCAUAGUGAUGGAAUAUGCUGCUGGUGGAGAGCUUUUUGAAAGAAUAUGCAAUGCUGGUAGAUUCAGUGAAGAUGAGGCAAGAUUUUUCUUUCAACAACUUAUAUCAGGAGUCAGUUACUGUCACUCAAUGCAAAUUUGUCAUAGAGAUCUCAAGCUCGAAAAUACACUCUUAGAUGGUAGCUCAAAACCGCGUCUUAAAAUAUGCGAUUUUGGCUACUCCAAGUCAUCAGUCUUGCAUUCUCAACCUAAAUCUACUGUUGGAACUCCGGCCUAUAUCGCCCCAGAAGUCUUAUUGAGAAAAGAGUACGAUGGGAAGCUAGCAGAUGUUUGGUCUUGUGGGGUAACAUUAUAUGUGAUGCUUGUUGGUGCUUAUCCUUUUGAAGAUCCUGAAGAUCCAAGAAAUUUCAGGAAAACAUUAACAAGGAUAUUAAGCGUUCAGUAUUCAAUCCCUUAUUACGUUCGAGUUUCAAAGGAGUGUAAGCUUCUUUUAUCUCAAAUAUUUGUAGCUGACCCUAGCAAGAGAAUAACUAUUGAAGAGAUUAAAAAACAUCCUUGGUUUCUAAAGGAUUUGCCUAUAGAAUAUAUGGAAGGGGAGGAUGCAAGUUUACAAAUGAAAGAAGAAAAUGAACCAACUCAAAGUAUUGAUGAAGUGUUAGCUAUAAUUCAAGAGGCAAAAAAACCAGGAGAAGGGCCCAAAGGUUGUGAUUUAUUGGUCAAGGGAAUAAGUAGUAGCAUUGAUCUUGAUGAUGAUGAUGAUUCAGAUAUUGAUGAUGAUACUGAUGAUGAGAUAGAGACAAGUGGGGAAUUUGUUUGCGCUUUAUGAGUGUUAGCUUGUGUAUAAUAGACUCGAUGUGAUCAGAUUCUUUAUCGGGUUUGCGUAUGGCAGGAGAUUGAUGUAGAUUAUAAGAUAGAGAUGAGUGCAUGUUUUUUUUUUAUCUUUGUAUUAUGAGUGUUACAUGUGUAGAUUUGAUGUGGUUCGAUUGUUUCUUGAAUUUUAUUGUGUAUAAUGAAAGCUUUAGUGUGUG